AUGGCCGCCAUCGCACUCUCCUCGAAGUUCAGCCUGCUCGCGCUGCUGGUGCUGGCACUCGUCGCCCUCUCCUCGCCCCUGGCUGUCGAGGCCAAGUCGGCAAGCUGCCGCCACCACCACAAGGGCCACCACGGCCACAGGCCUCAACACCACGCAAAGCAGCAGCCUGGCAACAGCGCGACUGCUCCGCCGACCAAGCCCAUCGACGGCGGCAACUCUUCGGGCAACCAUGCACCGACCCAGGGCGGCGACGACAGCGGCUCCCAGUCUGGAAAGGCUUCCUCGACCGGCGGCGAGUCGAAGCAGGGCUCGACGUCUCACGAGGAGGCCAGCUCUUCUUCCGAGAACCAUUCGCAAUCCGAUUCGACCUCGAGCAGCAGCAGCACCAGCAGCAGCAGCCACUCUAGCCAGACCAGCAGCAGCGGCAAGAGCGUCAUCCCCGGCUGCAAGGCUGGUGUCGCUGGCGGCCAGUCUCUCAAAUGGACCAACCGCGCCGUCUGCUGGAUGACCGACUGGACUCCCAAGCCCAAGAACAACCAGUACCUUGAUGGGCUCAAGUCCGUCUCGAUGCUUUGGGGUCUCGGGCGCACCGGCCACGACGACGACUCGAAGCGCUUCGAGGAGUUCAAGCAGCUCGCGCCGGGAUCGAUGGACUAUGUCAUCGGCAUGAACGAGGCAGAUUUCAGCGGUUCCGGCUCGUCCGGCCUGAUUGAACCCACCGACGCCGCUAAGGCCUGGGACCAGUAUAUUGUCCCCCACGGUGAGGCCGGCUCGGUGCUGAUCUCGCCCUCGUGCGCCAAGCAGAAGGACGAAAACUGGCUCGCGCCCUUCCUCAAGCAGAUCAAGCGCCAGCCCGACGCCAUCAACGUCCACAUCUUCCAGGACUCGAUCGAGGGCGUCAGGGGCGUCCUCGACCACUUCGCCCAGUACAACAAGCCGCUCUGGAUCACCGAGUUUGCCUGCAUCAACUACCAGGUCUCGCCCACCGUCUACUGCUCGCAGGACCAGACCGACAAGCUCGUCUCCGAGGCCAUCAAGCUGUUCGAGUCCGACGACCGCGUCGCCGCCUACGCCAUCUCAGACGCCUACAAUGGUCCCAACUCGGCGCUGACGCCCAACCACUCUGGCUCCUCGCUCUCGGCCACCGGCAAGAUGUUCCUCGCCGCCGUCGAGUCGGUCUCGAGCAAGACGAAGCGCAGCCUCGACAAGGUUGUCGUCCGACAGACCGCCGCGGACAACUCUGCCAACUAG